AUGCCAAGGCCACAAGACUCCAACUCUAAGAUGGUACUGAUCCAGAACGUUAAGUUUGGUGCCUUCAUUUCUAUUGGUUUCUCCUACGCCUUCCCAAAGUCCAUAACUGUGUUCUUCAAGGAAAUUGAAGUGAUCUUCCACGCCACCAGCAGUCAAGUGUCCUGGAUCUCUUCCAUCAUGCUUGCUGUCAUGUAUGGAGGAGGUCCUGUCAGCAGUAUCCUGGUCAAUAAGUAUGGAAGUCGGCCUAUUAUGAUUUUAGGAGGCUGCCUCUCAGGAGCAGGGCUCAUCGCUGCCUCUUUUUGCAAUACUGUCGAAGGCUUGUACUUCUGUGUCGGUGUAGUGGGAGGUCUGGGACUGGCAUUCAAUCUCAACCCAGCUCUCACAAUGAUUGGCAAAUAUUUCUACAAGAAACGCCCAAUAGCUAAUGGUAUCGCUAUGGCUGGUAGCCCAGUCUUUUUGUCUACUCUGGCUCCCCUGAACACCUGGUUCUUCGACCAAUUCGGCUGGAAAGGGAGCUUCUUGAUCCUGGGUGGACUUCUGCUGAAUUGUUGUGUAGCUGGAUCACUGAUGAGGCCCAUUGGGCCAAAACCCCAACCCGCUGUUAAAGCUGCUAACAGUAAUAGCGAAGCCAGAGAGCAAAAGAGCGUGAUGGCGAUCAUCAAUGGUUUUAUCGAUCUGACGCUCUUCAAGCAUCGUGGCUUCUUGCUGUACCUUCUGGGUAAUGUGGUCAUGUUCUUCGGCCUCUUCUCUCCUCUUGUGUUCCUCAGUAAUUACGCCAAGAGUAAGGAAAUUCCCAAGGAGAAGGCGGCUUUUCUGCUCUCUGUCCUGGCCUUUGUAGAUAUGGUUGCACGACCUUCAAUGGGAAUAGUUGCCAGCACGAAAUGGGUCAGGCCAAGGGUGCAAUACUUCUUCGCCGCAUCCAUUCUCCUUAACGGUGUGUGCCACCUGCUUGCCCCUCUGUCCACAGACUACACAGGGUUCGUGAUUUACGCCAUCUUCUUUGGGUUUGCCUUCGGCUGGCUGAGCUCUGUGCUGUUUGAGACCCUCAUGGAUCUUGUGGGAUCUCAACGUUUCUCCAGUGCUGUGGGACUGGUGACGAUUGUAGAAUGUGUGCCAGUGUUACUGGGGCCUCCUUUACUAGGAAAGUUCAAUGACAUCUACCAUGACUACAAAUAUACAUACAUGGGCUGUGGAAUUGUCCUGCUGGUUGGCAGUUUGUUUCUUUUCAUCGGAAUGGGCAUCAACUACAGGCUACUGGAUAAAGAAGCAAAAGAAGAAUCCAAGAGAGCCAAUCUGCAGGAGGAGCCUGGCAAAGAGGUUGUAGAAGCACUGAAAAUACCUGAUGACAAUACUGCAGAGGAUACUGUGUGACAAUAGCUGAUCCUGGUUUUAUUCUGGGUGAUUCUUACAUUUCUGCACUCUCUACAUCAAGGAUUUGAUUACAGACAUCCAUCUUGGACUAUUUAGGUUACUGAGGCAGUGAUGCAAACAUUUCAGUGCCUUGCAUGAGCACAUGGUCAUGCAAUUGAUAUUUUUAUUUUUAGAAUUUAACUUUAGUAUAAAACGUAUGCAUUUACUUUAGGACAAGACCUGUGGCUAUUAUUUUGGGGCAUUUUAUGUACGCUGAGAGUGAGAGAGAGAUUAAAUCAGUGAAUAUAUGAAGAAUUAAUCUGCAAGAAACAAAUGUUGCCUUCUAACAAAAAAGAGACGAGUAAUGUGAAAGCGGUAGAUAUGCAAAUACUGUCUCUUGUUAAAUAUAUGCACAAAUUAAACACAUAAUUUGGUAAAUAUUUUCCAAGUUAAAACGGUUAAUGCAUUGUUUUGUCAGUAUACAUGGACAGCGUCAGCGUUAUUUUGUGUAUUCUUGUGUGUCUAUGUGUGUAGUCUAGCAAUUUAGUGAUAAAAGAUUAUUUACUUGUUUGAAACUGUGUAAACACAAAAGCAAUUUGUGUAUAGCAUA